GCUGCCCCCCGGGAGAGGUCUGGCUGGACCCCGGCCCCGCCUGCGAGCGCAGCUGCCACGACCUGGCGGAGCCCCCCGGCACCUGCGGCGGGACCCCCGGCACCCCCGGGACCCCCGGAACUCCCGGCAUCCCCGGCACCUCAAGCACCCCCGCGACCCCCGCGACCCUCCCGACCCCCGCCCCGCGCUGCUCCUGCGCCCCCGGGCGGUACCGGAACGAAUCCGGGCAGUGCGUGAGCGCGGGGGGCUGCGGGUGCCGCCACCGCGGGGCAACGCGAGCGGCCGACAGCGAGUGGCAGGAGCAGUGCGGGACCUGCCGCUGCGCCGAGGGACGUGUCACCUGUGCCACCACCUGCCCCGCGCUCACCUGCCCGGAGGGCACGGAGCCGGUGCGGGAGCCCGGGAGCUGCUGCCCCGUGUGCCGGGACGAGUGGCCAGAGGAGCCCCCCGGGCCGUGCCGGCUCCUCACGGCUCUCCGGACCAUCGCCAAGGGCGCCUGUGUCCUGCGGGGCGUCCGCGUCACCUACUGCGCGGGGGGGUGUCGGUCCCGCACCGCCGUCAGCGCUCAGGAGCCGAGGGGACUUCACCCGGCGCUGAGGAGCCCCCCGAGCUGGGACCCUCCCGAGGAGCCCCCCCGGACACCCCAUCCCCCUCUCGGCCACCCCGCCCGUGUCGGCCCCGGGGAGUUUGUUAUGGAUGCCAAUAAACGAUCAAUAGUGCACAGGGAUCGAUAA